AUGGCUGAUGUGUUGGCUGUAACCGGGGCCCCAAAGUCAUGGGUAUCUCCAGAAUACUGUCCUGUGUUCCCCAGUUCUGUCUCUGAUUCAUCUUCUUCUUUAUCUGGCAACUCGGAGAGUUUGGAUGAACAUUCUCUCCAGUUUUCAAGUGACUGGCAUUCCCGCAUCUCUUCUGCUGAGCCCGUUUCUAUUCCGCAUCCUGAUUGCCCUUUUCUUUAUCACCUACCCAUAGGCCAAACACAAGAUAUCCACGAUAUCACUGAAACUAUGCCUCGCACGCGAAGCUUUGUUUCCCAUGCUGUGUCUUCUCAAGAGAAUCUCUAUUUCAUACCACGCAGAGAUGGAGAUCACUAUGGAACUGAAUAUGGGCAGAAUGUCUCUCCAGACAUACCGAGAUCCAGUAUGAAGAGUGGACUUCCAAACCUCGGGGACGGUUACUGCGAGUCCUACCAUGGUUCUUUUGAGAACUACCAUGAAGCUUUUUACCCUCGCAAUGUGGACUCUCGUGCUAGGCUAGUCCAUCCAAUUUCAAGAGCUGCGCACAUGGUGGCCACCAAUCUUUCAUUCCUAUCAGUCUCCGAAGAUACACCAUCCAUUUCUUCAUUCGAAACAUCGAAUGAACAAUCAAGAUGUGGCAUCUUCGAUCCGUUGUCUGUUUAUGUCCCGAAUACGACGGGCUACAGCUCGAACCAGAGUGAUCUCGACCUGGGUUCGCACAAGGCACACAUGGAACCUCACACGUCUCCCUGCCCCAAGUUCACCAGCUCCAAAAAUGGUGCUCCGUGGACAACAUGGAACUUGAACAAUGAGCCUGACAUGUGGUAUCCUCAGGGCAUGACCAGUGAAGCAACUGAGGAUAUGAAUUGGCCUGCUUUGAGCCCUUAUGAGGCUGCAUGGCCUGUGAAUCAUCCAUACAUGCACACAAAACAAAACAGAGGCUCCCUCCCCAAGAGUUAUGGCAUCCCAAUGCCAAAAACAAGUCAUAUGUCCAUGACUGGAGCCUCUUCUUCAUCAAAUCAUGAUUCGUUCUAUUCUUCAAUCCCCAGGCCAACAGCAAUCGCAGUGCCUCCAAACCAGCAGUCCUUCCCAAAUAACGAAUACAGCUCCAACCCCGGAGCCAUCUACUCGGACACUGAGACUGGGUCUUUCAGCCAGCUCCACCCGAACAGACACAGUCCUUCCUAUGUCCACUCGACAACAGAGGAGUCAGCAUCUCCUCAACCAGCCAGCGAAGAUCAAGCCGCCAUCGAAGCAAGCCUCCACUACAGCGACACCCGGAAUGCAUUCCUAAUUGAGUGCAAGCGACGCGGCCUCUCAUACAAAGAUAUCAAGCGAAUAGGCGGAUUCAAAGAGGCGGAGUCCACGCUACGUGGGCGAUUCCGCACCCUGACAAAAGCCAAAGAUCAACGCGUCAGGAAGCCCAAGUGGCAAGACAGGGAUAUUAAACUCCUCUGUGACGCUGUCCUCGUCUGCUCCGAAUCCCCGGAGGCGUAUGCCUCCAUUGUCCAGCUCAGUGUCAGCAUGCAUCAGCCGCCCAAGGUCUCUUGGAAGAAGGUGGCCGAGUAUAUCUGGAGUCACGGUGGAUCCUACUAUUUCGGGAAUGCGACGUGCAAGAAGAAGUGGUGUGAGAUCCAUGAUAUCAAGCUUUGA